UUUUUAUUCGCUUCUCUUCAUCAGCAUCCCCGAAUCUUUUUUUUUUUUUGUUACUGCCCCGUGUGUAGUGCUCACCGAAAGAGAGGACUACUGGCAACGUUUAUCAGUGUGGAUCAGCCCCUCAAGCGCAUCGUUAUCUUCUCGAAAAAGGAUAUUUCACCUCGAUUAAAUUACCUUUCUCACGUCAUGGAUCACAGAGAUUCCACCGCUUCCUUUAACAUAAGCUCCCAGUCUGCCGCCAUGUCCACAACCAACUUUAACCAUUUCAAACUCGGUGGGGACUCGCUCGACUCUUUACGAACCAUACGCGUGCCCGCGAAAGACGGCAGAACAGGCCAAGAUAUCCAACUACAGUAUACCAAUCAGAAAGUUAUUGGCAACGGCUCCUUUGGUGUCGUUUAUCAAGCUCGACUUGUACACACAGGCGAAGAAGUCGCCAUUAAAAAGGUUUUACAGGACAAACGCUUCAAGAACCGAGAGUUACAGAUUAUGCGGUUGAUCGAUCAUCCUAAUGUGUGUGCGUUGAAGGCUUAUUUUUACACUCAGGGAGAUGCCAAGAAGGAUGAGGUUUACCUGAAUCUCGUUAUGGAAUAUGUGCCGGAAACCGUGUAUCGCGCCUGUCGCCACUACGCGAAACUGAAACAAACCGUACCGAUGCUCAUGGUCAAAUUGUACAUGUAUCAAUUGUUCCGUUCCCUUGCCUACUCGCACACUCUCGGCAUCUGUCAUCGAGAUAUCAAACCACAAAACUUGCUCGUCAACCCAAAUACCGGUGUAUUAAAAUUGUGCGAUUUCGGAAGUGCAAAGAUUUUGGUCGAAGGAGAACCGAACGUGUCGUACAUCUGUUCUCGUUAUUAUCGAGCCCCUGAAUUGAUUUUUGGCGCGACAACUUACAAAUGCAGCAUCGAUAUAUGGUCGGCGGGAUGUGUCAUGGGCGAACUUUUGAUGGGUCAGCCGUUAUUCCCCGGUGAAAGUGGCAUUGACCAAUUGGUGGAAAUCAUUAAAGUGUUGGGGACACCCUCCAAGGAACAGAUCGCCACCAUGAAUCCCCAUUACACGGAGCAUAAAUUCCCUCAAAUCAAACCCCAUCCGUUCUCAAAGGUUUUCCGUUUAAAGACGCCUCCAGAAGCCAUUGAUCUGAUUUCCCAUAUUUUGGUGUACGAUCCACAAGCACGAUUAACAGCAAGUGAAGCGCUGGUGCACCCAUUCUUUGAUGAAUUACGUAACCCAGCCACGAGAAUGCCCACAGGACGAGAUCUCCCCGCAUUAUUCAAUUUCACCCAUGAAGAAUUAUCCAUUCGUCCCGAUCUCCUGCCGAAAUUGGUACCGCCUCACUGCCAUGAAGAAUUACUUUCUAGAGGCAUCGACGUCCAUAACUUUUCACCCAUACCUAUUGAAGAUCUUCGCCUUGCGUCCUUGGACUAAUAUAAAUAUUAUUUUUUUUCUACUUCUUUUCUUUUCUAUUUUUUUUUUGUUAAUAUGUACCUUCUUCUUUGUUCUCCUUUUUGCGAUCUUCUUGGUUAUCUAUCCGUAACAUUAGAAGUAUUCUUAUUUUAUGGCUAUACAUAUAUACAAUAGUAAAGAAGAAAACCCUUGUGGAUGUUCAUCGCCUUUGCUGUGAAAGGCAUCCAUCCAUCUUCAGAAAUAUAGAAAUCCCAACAUUAUUAAACUACCCUCAUCAUAUCAAAAC